AUGUGGUUCUUUGGCAGUUUCCUCUACGGUAACAAUCCUCCUGCUCCCCUUAUCCAGAGCGCAGCCGCUAAUAUAGAUUUCAUCAAUCUCUCUCCCGCUUCUUACGACCCUGCGUUCGGCGCUGGCCCCGAUGCCAGCGUCAAAGCCAAGAUCAUCAAUCUCAUCGCGAGUGUCCGAACCAUCAUGAGGAGUACGUUCAACGCCCAAACUCACAACCACCCAAACAUAACGAGCUACUACUGCGCCUUUUGCAACACGAGGAACUAA